GUUUAAUUGGAAGCUUGACAUUAGUUGCAGUAGGGUACUUUUGACAACUUUUGCCCAGUUUGCUAGCUAGCGUUGUUUACCAAGAUGAGAUGCAGCUCGGAAGAAAGUGGAGAUGGUGCCUGCAGCUCAUCUCAGAAGAAGUACAAGGGAGUGCGUCAAAGGAAAUGGGGCAAGUGGGUGUCCGAAAUCCGAGUCCCCGGCUCCCAAGAACGGCUUUGGCUCGGCUCCUAUGCCACACCCGAGGCUGCCGCCGUGGCUCGCGACGUUGCUUUUUAUUGUCUGCGCGGACCAUCGGCGUUGGACUACCUCAACUUCCCGCUAAUGUUGCCUCAUAGUGUCCGGAAUGGCAUGUCGCCAAGAUCGGUCCAAAAGGCGGCCUCGGACGCUGGCAUGGCUAUCGAUGCCCAGUUGAUCGCACACAAGUUGCCGGAAAAAGAAGUGACGAGGGAAGAAAAAAGUGGUGCAGCUCCUGGCCUGGAGACAGAUUUUACUUGGGAAAAUGUGGGAGACAACUCACGUGGGACGUGGGAAGGAAGUGAUCAGUGGAAAGAAGCUGGGGAUCAGGCUUUCAGCAUUUCCGUUGAAGAUUAUCUUUAAGCAGUAGCUAGCUUUAAUUUUAUUAGUCAUGUGCCUUUAAUGUCGGACGCACGUGUACAUAAUCUCUAUGUAAUAGGCAUGAAUUAUAAUAAGUUCUGGGCUUGCACUCAGAAGCAACGCUAGCUAAUUUUAUUGGGCAUGUAUAUUGUUUUUGUGAGUCUUUCAUUGAGUUCAAUUCCGUUGAGGCUCAGCAAUAUUAAUUCGACCGUUCUCUAGCUUGUACGUCUGCAUGAUUCCAUAUAACUAUUAUAUUCUUAAACCAAGUUUUUCAUCUCAGAAAGAUUUCACAGCAGCUUGAUUAUUUCCCGGUGAAAUAGAAGCCGGGUGGAGAACAGUGACUGGACUUUUGAACUUUGAAGUGACGCUCACGGGUUGAUUGGUUCACCUCAUCCAGUACUGACCUUUCAAAAUCAAGCUGUGGUUUGGAUCCGAAAAUUGUUUUGACUUUAGCCCUUUUGACGAAGCUAAUAUUGGACUACAGCCCCCAACAACAUGCCAACCUCGAGAUAUUUUUUCCCCCACCCUGCAACUUGCUGCU